AUGCAUGGACAAGGAACAUAUUUGGAGAACUACUUGGAGAGUAUCUCAACAGUGCCGCUUGAGCUUACACGUAAUCUAGCGUUGAUAAAAGAGUUGGACUACCGUUCAAAUGAUGUUGUUGAUAGAGUUGAGACAUUGACAACACAGUUGUUGAGUAAUACAACUGCAUCUAGAAAGGCUGCUCUGGACUUCCUCUCUGAGAAGGGCACCAAACAAUACAAGAGCGAUAUGAAGACUGUUAUGGAGUAUGCCGAUGAGAAGGUCGAGUUAUCAAACCAACUAUAUGAGCUGAUCGAUAGACAUAUUAGAAAGUUGGACAAUGAUCUUAAGAAGUUUGAAGCAGAGAUUGAAGAGGAGGAUGAGAAGAAGAAGCAGAGAAAGGGCGCGCCACAACCUGUAGAGGCACCACGAAAAGGCAAGGCCAACGUGCCAGCGCCAAACAGUCAACAUGUCUCAUUAUUUGGAAGAAAGAAAUCAAUAUCAGAGUCUACAGUUUCCACACAGGAUACCAAGAUGGCAUCAAUCACUGGAAGUGGAUCAACUGCUGAUCUAGACUUGGCCAUUGACCCAAACGAACCAACAUACUGUGUCUGUGGCCGAGUGUCAUUUGGUGAAAUGAUUGAAUGUGAGAACUCUGGUUGUAAGAUUGAAUGGUUCCACUUUGAAUGCGUUGGACUGUCCAAUCCACCAAAGGGCAAGUGGUACUGUCCAGACUGCGUCAAGAAGAAGAAUAUAAAGUAA